AAAUCACUUCACAAUUUUGUGACAUUUUUUAAUAUAUUGCAAUCUAAACUACAAGUGCAAGAAAUAGCACACAAGGAAACAAUUACAUGGUCUUGUACAGCUUGUCAUAGAUCUAUUUGGUAGGUCCAGUGGCUCAAAAACACAAACAGCCUGCAGACAAAACUCACAGUUUUUGGUCACAUCUAUAGUUUAUUUGACAAAUGUCUUACGUGAACAAUGACCCAUUAAUCAGGAUUUCAAACUCUUAAUCACCUUGUGUCAAUUUAACAAUGAAUUGCUUCAUUAAGAUUCAUUGGUCUUUAGUCCAUAUUUAGAAAUGCACCUUUUUCAUAUUCAGUAAAAAGAAGUACAUUUAGAAAAGUCAUCUACUAACACAAUGAAGAACUACUUUUUUGCCCUUUUAAUUUGUGGAAUAAUGUUUUUGGAGGAAAUCACAGCACAGACUACCAGGCAAGGACAAAACUCAAAAUCAGGAUCACCAGGAAAUGAAACAAUUUCAAAAAAUUUAUCCAAUGGAAGAAAUGAAAAUGUACAAAAUAACUUAAAUUCCCCUCAACAAAAUGCUGACUUUAAUCAAAGGAGAAAUACUUACAAUAGACUUCAAAACCAAAACAGACAGCCCAUAAACCCCGGAAAUCAAAACUGGAAUAAUGGAGGAUCGGGCAAAAACUGGAAUAAUGGUCCUUCAAUCUGGACUGCUGGUAACUCUCAAAAUAGACCCUCUGGAACACAGGGCAACAAUGUACCACCCUCAAAUAAUAAUUGGAACAAUGGUCAGCAAACCAACAAUAACAGACAUUUUAAUGGAAACUGGAAAAAUGGACCACCAAAUGGUAACUUGAAUGGAGGACCACAAAAUGGUAAUUGGAAUGGACGACCACCUAAUGAUAACUGGAAUGGGGGAUCACCUAAUGGAAACUGGAAUGGUGGACCACCUAAUGGUAACUGGAAUGGGGGACCACCAUUUGGUAACUCAAAUGGAGGACCACCUAAUGGUAACUGGAAUGGUGGACCACCUAAUGGUAAUUGGAACAAUGGACCACCAAAUGGUAACCAGAAUAUUGGACCACCAAAUGGAAAUUGGAACAAUGGACCACCAAAUGAUAACCAGAAUAUUGGACCACCAAAUAGUAAUUGGAAUGGUGGACCACCUAAUGGUAAUUGGAAUAAUGGUCCACCAAAUACAAAUAAUGGACACCCUAAUGGAAACUGGAACAAUGGACCUCCUAAUGGGUCUCCAUAUGGUCCUUGGAGUCAAGGUCCCCCUUUCCCUGGCCCUGGAUAUAUGCUAGAUCCCGACCUUCCAGAUGGAUUGGAUACAAUGUAUCAACGAAUGCAAGCUAUGCAAGCUAUGCAUGCAGUGAAUCAGUAUGCUGGUAACCUUGGGGCAUUUGAUGUUAUUCCACCUAUGGCUUUUCCACAUCCUAUACAAGUCCCUCCUAUGGACCCAAGACCCCCUGGUGUGGGCACUGACCCAAAAACAGGCUUUCCCAUGAGGCCUCACACAAGAGCUGGAGUCUGGAAUGGAAUUACUUCGCCAAGUGAAAACAGUACAGCUAACAUAACAAUGGCAUUUUCAAGACGGAAUUCAGCUGUGCUUAAAACAAUUCAACCCAAACUAGCGGAGUUCCUACACCAAGGGCAGAUUGUUUCAGGAAAUGAAACUAAUAACUCUAGUGGAAUAAAUGGAACAUAUCUGCAAUCUAAGACAAUGAGUAGUUCCCAAAACUACCCUUACAAUCCUUAUAGUUAUGGUUUUAAUGCUUUUGGAUUUAACCCAUGGGCUCAAUCAUAUCAACCUGAUAUCCCCGACCACCUGGAAAACAAAAAUGAUAGGGCAAAGGCUAUUGAGAACAAGCCACCAUAUAACCCCCCUCCAUACAAUCAAGCAGGCUGGUCUCAAAGGCCCAGAGAAAGGAUAACUGGGUUGGCCCAGACAAACCAGACAGGACAACCUGCAACUAGUGAAAUCAUGAGUCAAGGAAUUAGGAAUGUUCAAAAGAUACAGAGUCAAAUGCCCUCAAUGGGAUGGCAGGCUUCCUCUCCUCAACAACAGAGUGCUAGAACAAAUCAAGCUUGGCCAUCUCAGCAACAGAGAUAUCAACCACGGACACCUUCCUCAGUACAACGAAGCUCAAACGUACAGGGAACAAAGAAACCUGAUCCUGAUGGAGGAAAACAAGGCGGUGAUGUUGAAAAAGAAGUGGAUAAAGACAAAGAAGAAAGUCAAACCAAAACCAAUAUUGAUGUGAUUAAAUCUGUUCUUGAUGAAGUUUACAGACAGAGAAACAACAAAGACUUAUCAGUGUCGUCUAUAAUGGAUGCUAUCAACAACAGAAAAACAAAAAUCAAAAUGCAGUACAGAUAUGAAGGAAAUGUCCCUCCACCAUCUUGGACAAGGCAACUAGAAAAUAUUGAGCCAAAAAAUAGAGAGCCAGUACCUACACCUAAACCUGCUGAAUUGAUAGAAGAAGAAGUCAACAAAACUAGCAUUCCAAGAACUGGAGCAAGCUUUAGGUUCUCAUCAAAAUACAUUCCACAAAACUUUGCAACUCUGAUGAAAAAUCCAAGAUUAACACCCAUUUCAAAUUUUCCUUCAAGAACUGAGCCUCCUCAAAACACUCCAAAUUAUAGAUGGACUCAAUCUCCCCCCAAUCCUUCCAAACUACCAUCUAGCCCUACUACCAAUAAAGAUCAAACAAAAGAUAUCAUCCAACAAGCCAUUGGAAUAGUUCAACAAUCUCAAUCAAACAAUAAAACAAUUUCAGACCUAGCUAAUAUUUUAGGAGAUAGCCUAAAGACUACUACAGAAAAAGUUGCUACACUGAAUGUAGAUACUGAGAUCACAAUUCAAAAGGGGGACAAGGUACAUGUAAUAAAUCAUGAACAAGUCAUCACUGUUCCAAUCAAUAGUACAACUCCAUCACCUCCAUCACAGAAUCAGAUGGGGGUCACUAUGGCUGUAAUGGAAAUGAUGCCAGAAUUAACUACACCACAAGAAAUGGUUGAAAAAGUUCCUAUUCCUGCAGAAUCUGCAUUAUCUCCAUCUUCCACCUUUGGUAUUAUAGUAGGAACAAUCAUAGGAUUGACUGUCAUUCUAGGACCUAUUAUAUGUAUAUUAUGUAGAGUUCGUAGGAGGCAUGGAGAAAAGAAACGAAAACUGUCUGCUAAACAAAGUGGAUACAGGAAAGGUGAUGCUGAGGCUAUGGAAACCAUGAUCAAUUGUGAUUUUGGAGACCCUCUACCAUCAAGCAGUUUUGGGAUUGGUGCUGGUGCUAAAGCUAAAGUGAAAAGCUUCCUAACAAAAACAGUGAGCCCUGGAAAAUCCUGCACAGAACUCCAAGCUAUGAAACCUAAAAGUCAGACUACAACUGCCAUGAUACACUGACUUACAUUUUUUAGACUUUUUACUGUGUGUCUUAAGAACAUUUGUCUUUGAAAACGGAUGUUGGAAAUCCCAAAAAUCUUAAAAUCAUGCAAUUAUCACUGCUAUAACUGUACUACAUAAACUUACACAGAAAAGUUAUGUCUCCUU